AUGACUUUCAAGAACAUGCUCCGCAACUCACCCCUGGCAGGCUAUGGAAAGGCCAUACGCGAAGCACCCCGCGAGGUCAUCUUUAAUCCACAUCUGCUGUUAUCAUCAUUGGUCUAUGCCUUUGGUGGGUUUCCCGUCAUUUGGGAUCAGGGUGCAUCCUCGGUCAUCCCUUCUCUUCCUGGCUUCCAGAACCACUUCAAAAUCAUCUCCGGAUCAAACGCCGAUGAGAUUCGAGUCUUCGUAUCUAUCGUUUACGUUGGUUUCGGAGUCGGCUCAGCUCUCACCUUCUUCGUCAAUGACCGAAUCGGAAGGCUUUGGUCCUAUCGCCUUUAUACUAUCAUCUACUGCAUCGGUACUCUCAUGGCCAUCUUCUCCCCAAAUCUCAACGUCCUCUACGCCGCCCGUGUUAUCCAAGGGUUGGGCCUCGGUCCCUUGACAGUCACCUGCCCUAUGUCCAUCGUCGAGAUCGCUCCAGCGGAAAUUCGAGGUCUUCUUGCAGCAUGGUUCACUCUGUUGAUGGGUCUCGGCUUGUUCACAGCAGUGUUUUCCACUCUCGGAGUCUACCGCCAUGUGCCCGUUGGUAAUCUUCAGUUCCAAAUCGUUUGGCUUACCCCAAUGAUCCUGAUGGGUCUCUGCAUGAUCGCCACUUUCUUCAUCCAAGAGUCUCCACGUUGGCUCUUCAUGGCUCAACGUCGACAAGAGGCUAUUGAAACACUUGUCAAGAUCCGCGGUCUGCCAUCUGAUGACGCUCGUGUGGAGCAUGAGAUCCGAGACAUUGAAGACGACAUCAACAGAACAGCUGAGGCGGUCGGAAACUCAAGCCUGUGGACAAUCGCAAAGGAAACUUUCACUAUCGCAUCCAAUCUGCGCCGCGUUCAACAGAGCCUUGUCUGCUACGCGCUUGCCCAACUAUCCGGGGCUAAUCUCAUUACCUCUUAUUUCGUCCCCAUCCUCGCCAUCGUCGGCGUUGGUGGUGACACAGCCCAUAGCAUGUUCCUCAGCGGCAUGUAUGGCGUCUCCAAGUUUUUCUUCAUCCUUAUCGCCACGUUCUUCUUCAUCGAUGCUCUCGGUCGGCGAAAGUCUCUUUUUGUCGGUGCCGGGCUGCAGAUGGUGACUCAUAUCUAUCUUGCUGUCUACGUCAGGACUUCGCAGAAAGGUCCUGUCUCCGAAGCCGCUUCAAACGCAGCAAUUGCAGCACUUUUCAUCCAUGCCUUUGGUUAUGGAGUCGGGCUAUUCAUUCUCCCUUAUGUGUUUGGCAGUGAGCUGUGGCCAAACCGCAUUCGAUCCUUCGGCAGUGCUCUUAGUCAAGCCUUCCACUGGCUUUUCAUCUACGCGAUGCAGUACAGCAUGCCAUCUAUCCUCUCAAGCUUCCAUCAGUGGGGUGCCUUUAUCUUUUUCGGUGCUUGGUGCGCUGUUGCGAUCAUUUACACCUAUCUCAUGAUCCCUGAGAUUUCUGGUCUGAGUGUUGAAGAGAUUGAGGAUCUCUUCCGUGGUCCAUGGUUCAACGCUCACAGGCGCACCAAACAGAUGAUCGUUCAGGGAGUGACUGAGAAUGGUAAGGAGGACUUCGGUGAUAAUGUACUUACCAGGGACGAUAAGAUGAAAGAUUAUGACACCAACGAGAAGGACGUCUCGAGGGUAGCGUAA